CCGUCAGGCGGUGCCGAGGGCAGCCCUCAGACCCGGGUCCUCGGAGGCGAGCGACAAGAUGGCGGCGCCCAGUGAGGAGCUGAAUUGUCAGGAUUUCUCCGAGUUCCAGGAUGCAUUGCGGGUGAUGCGACAAAUUGAUGAUAGGAUAGUCCACGAAUUAAAUACUAUUAUCCCUACAGCAUCCUUUGCUGGGAAGAUUGAUGCAAGUCAAACAUGCAAGCAACUUUAUGAUUCACUAAAACAGGCACACGCUAGUAGGGAAAAAGCCAUAAAGACCUGCAUAAAUCAAAGCUCCAGUAGCGUGAACAAACUACGAGAAGAGAGAAAUAAAGACAUGGACAAUUUAACGCUACUAAAACGACUUCGGAAAGAACAAACAAAUUUGAAAUUGAUGCAGUCUGAAUUAAAUGUUGAGGAGGUUGUCAAUGACAGAAGUUGGAAGGUGUUCAAGGAACGCUGCAGAAAUCAUUACAAGCCUUCAACCAGCCUGUGACACUAAAGCACUGUGACAACAAGCCAAAUCCUGCCUACCUGUGGCUUGAGAAGUAUGAAUCAGAUGAUAGUUGUUGAGAGUAAAGUGCAGUGGACCACUUCAGGGACCGUUUAUAGGUGUAAUAAACAAAACGUUUUGGAUUUGAUGGACCUAUAAUUGUGGGGAAACUGGCAGUUCCGGCAAUCACUUAAAAUAGCCCAUAAAAAUGGUUCUAACAAACUUAGUAUGAUGUAAGCUUUCUGUGAACUUUACAAAAACAUGCUUGUCCAUCUUGAAUAUCUUGUGACAGUUUUGUGCAUGGUUUAAGCUUUUGUUUUAAAACUGCAAAAUGGAACAGAUCAUGUCAGUUGUUGCAAAGCAAAGUAUCUGAAGGUUUUCAUAGCCUCAUUUACUAGAAUGCUUUUCCCUUUGUCCCAUGUAGGAUCAUUAGACAACUUUGAUGUCAAGACAAUUUUUUAAAAAAGUUUUAUCUCCCUCAAAUUGCCCAAUCCAACUUAAUUUGCAAUAAAAGAUACCAGACUUGCUGUUUGUUUUGACGUUUAUUCAAUUGUAGGUUGCACUUCCUUAAAAAAACUACUGCCCUUCAGAAUUGGACUCCUAUUUAAUCACAAUUGGAAUUGCUACAACGUCGCUCAGACUGUCUCAAUGAGUUGAAGUGAAAGGAAAAUACUCAUCUGCCAAAACCUGACUGGUCGGGUUUAUAUCUGGUAAUCGGGUAGGUGCACGGUACAAAUACCAAUGAUUAAGCUGCACAGUUUAUAGAAGCCUGAGAAUUUAAGUCCUAAUUCAGACAUUAGAGUUUGGAAUUUGAAUCUAUGACAUUCAGGCUAGCAAUUUAACAUUUGCUAUAACUUAGUUGUUCAAAUGCCAUUUACAAUUAAGUAAUGUCAAAUUAGAAUCUUUGCAAAUGUUUCACUCUGACUGCCUCAUCUACAGUUCAAAACACUCAAUUGGUAUGUGCAGGUUAUUGUCUUGUGUGUUCAAUUUAAAGAGUCCUCAAGUUACUUAUUCCAUGCAGUAGGGCAGAAACAAGAGGGGCCAAAUCUGUCAGCAAUUUAGUAUGCUUUAAAGCUUGUUGGGAGGUAUGUUUGAUUGGGAAUGGGGCACCAGAACCUUUUUUAUUUCCUUUCCCUGAUGCCUAAAUGCCUAGGCAAGAGUUCCUCCUGAGCCUGGGCACUGAUCAAAUUGGUUGCUCUUUUUUACCAAAAGCAGUGAUCGGUUCAAAGUCUAAAGGUAUUUUUCAGUCAUUCCUGCCAGUUACCUUAAUUUCUAGUGUCACAUUGGCAAUAAUGGUCUGCUUAGCCUUGUUUUGGGUGGUGGAGUUGUUAUAUUCAAGUAUUCUCCAUUAAAGGUAAACAAGAUGGGGGAGGGUGUUGUAUGCCAAAGCCAUUUAGAAGCAUUUUCUAAUAAAAUGUGCCCUACCUGACUGCAGUAAUACUUACAAAAAUCAUGAAUUGCCUCUAUGUUGGCUGAAGGAACAUUAUCUGUAUUACUGUAUCCAUUGAAACAGUGAUUCUACUGGAACUUGUGUCAAGGUUCCAUUUUUUUAAAAAUAGAACUCAAGAAUCAACAGUUUUUAAAUCUAGAGAAAAUGUAGUUCUGUUCCUGUCUAUUCAUGUGUAUUUAAAUAUUGGACAUGUUCGGUUAUGUGCAAUCUGGAGUUUUAACUUCUGAAGAAAUCACAUUGGAACAAUGUUUUAUUUCUGGAGGGUAUGUCCCAUUAGUAAUAAAAAUCCACUGGUGCUUUUA